GAGGUUUAAAAAGUUAGAAGAAUAUAAAUUGCUUUUUGCUGUAUGAAGUACAAAGAUAUUGUAACUAAAUCCUGAAAGGUUCCAUUGUCAAUUCUAUUACCUCAUUCAAUCCCUGAAUCCUGAUGGGCUGUUACUCCCAUCUUCUCUUCAAUUGAAUUUAGAAAAACAUUAUCAAUAUCGAAAUUAACCUCAUCUAUCUGUCUGAUUUCCAUAACUACAUCUCGUAUCAUUAUGAAUUUGAUCUGUUGAAAAAUUGCAAUCAAAAUCAGCAUGGGAUUGCUGUAAUUGUAUGCAUUGAUUGAUUGUUAAAUGAUAAGCCCAAUGAAAAAGCCCAUUAUCAUAGUUUCAGACAGGAACAAAACUCAAAGCAAGAACACACUUGAAAGAGCAACCUUAAAAGGACAAAUGUAGAUCAAAACCCUAGUUAAAUCCUCCUCCUCUGUGUCACUUUCUUGUUUCGUCUCUCUCUUCACUCUAAACAGCGGCGGCUGCGGCCACCCUAAACAACUUUAAAAUCCCAACGAUGAACUGCUGCAAAAACUUCUCUUCUUCUUCCACUUCCCAUUUCUCUGCUUUUUCCAAGCCUUUCCUUCCCAAAUCCUUCAGCUUCCCUGUUUUCUUCUUUUUCUCUUCCACGACCCCUAAACAAUACCCCAAAUCUUUCUACCUCCGUUCAUGUCCACCGCAACGCCGCCUUUCUGGUACGGUGGCGGCCAAGGGGCGACCAAUCCAAGCAUAUUCCACCGCCAACACCGAAGAAAAGGGUCCCAAAGUAGACAAACGAACGGAUUUGAAAAAGAUAAUGAUCCUUGGAGCCGGUCCAAUUGUCAUCGGCCAAGCUUGUGAAUUUGAUUACUCGGGUACCCAAGCUUGCAAAGCGUUAAGAGAAGAAGGGUACGAGGUAGUUUUGAUAAAUUCUAAUCCUGCAACGAUCAUGACCGACCCGGAAAUGGCGAACCGGACUUACAUAACUCCGAUGACACCCGAUUUAGUCGAACAAGUCCUCGAAAAAGAACGUCCCGACGCGCUCUUACCCACAAUGGGUGGCCAAACCGCCUUAAACCUCGCUGUGGCGUUAGCAGAAUCCGGGGUUUUAGACAGAUACGGCGUGGAAUUAAUAGGAGCAAAGCUGGACGCCAUUAAAAAAGCCGAGGAUCGUGAGUUGUUCAAGCAAGCUAUGAAAAAUAUAGGUAUAAAAACUCCACCUUCUGGGAUAGGGAAUACGUUAGAUGAAUGUAUCGAAAUAGCCAAAGAAAUUGGGGAGUUCCCAUUGAUCAUUAGGCCUGCGUUUACUUUAGGAGGGACUGGAGGCGGGAUAGCUUAUAAUAAGGAAGAGUUUGAGGCCAUUUGUAAGGCGGGUUUGGCUGCGAGUUUGACUUCGCAGGUUUUAGUUGAGAAAUCAUUGUUAGGAUGGAAAGAAUAUGAGUUGGAGGUUAUGAGGGACUUGGCUGAUAAUGUUGUGAUCAUUUGUUCAAUUGAGAAUAUUGAUCCAAUGGGAGUGCAUACAGGGGAUUCGAUUACUGUGGCGCCUGCACAGACUUUGACUGAUAAGGAGUAUCAGAGGUUGAGGGAUUAUAGUGUUAAGAUUAUUAGGGAGAUUGGUGUGGAGUGUGGAGGUUCGAAUGUGCAAUUUGCUGUUAAUCCUGUUGAUGGUGAAGUUAUGGUCAUUGAGAUGAAUCCAAGGGUUUCAAGGAGUUCUGCUUUGGCUUCUAAAGCUACGGGGUUUCCUAUUGCGAAAAUGGCUGCUAAGUUGUCAGUUGGUUAUACGUUGGAUCAGAUUCCAAAUGAUAUUACCAAGAAGACUCCUGCUAGUUUUGAGCCUUCUAUUGAUUAUGUGGUGACUAAGAUCCCACGGUUUGCAUUCGAGAAAUUCCCUGGUUCUCAGCCAAUGUUGACAACCCAGAUGAAAUCUGUUGGGGAAUCCAUGGCUCUAGGCCGCACAUUUCAAGAAUCCUUUCAGAAGGCAGUUCGAUCACUAGAAUGUGGCUACUCUGGAUGGGGUUGUGCAAAAGUUAAAGAACUUGACUGGGAUUGGGACCAAUUGAAGUACAGUCUCAGAGUCCCCAGCCCAGAUCGAAUCCAUGCUUUAUAUGCUGUAAUGAAGAAGGGGAUGAAAGUGGAUGAUAUAUACGAGCUGAGUUUCAUUGACAAAUGGUUCCUCACUCAGCUUAAAGAAUUAGUAGAUGUGGAGCAAUAUCUUCUGUCUCGAAGUUUGUCUGAUCUGACAAAGGAUGAAUUUUAUGAAGUCAAAAAGAGAGGCUUUAGUGAUAAGCAGAUAGCCUUUGCAACUAAGUCAUCAGAGAAAGAAGUCCGGGAAAAGCGAAUAUUGAUGGGAGUAACUCCAGCAUAUAAGAGGGUAGAUACCUGUGCUGCUGAAUUCGAGGCCAAUACCCCUUAUAUGUACUCCUCAUACGAUUUUGAGUGUGAAUCCACUCCUACUGAAAAGAAGAAGGUUUUGAUUUUGGGUGGAGGACCAAAUCGUAUCGGUCAGGGGAUUGAGUUUGACUACUGCUGUUGCCAUACAUCUUUUGCCCUUCAGAAAGCUGGAUUUGAGACAAUCAUGAUGAAUUCAAAUCCUGAAACUGUAUCCACAGAUUAUGAUACCAGUGAUCGUCUUUAUUUUGAACCCCUGACGGUUGAAGAUGUUCUAAAUGUUAUUGAUUUAGAAAGACCUGAUGGCAUCAUUGUCCAGUUUGGAGGUCAAACACCCCUUAAGUUGGCUCUGCCCAUCCAGCAUUACUUAGAUGAGAACAGGCCUUUGUGUGCCAGUGGGGCUGGACAUGUUCGUAUAUGGGGUACAUCACCAGAUUCCAUCGAUGCUGCUGAGGACAGAGAGAGGUUCAAUGCUAUGCUUAAGGAAUUAAAGAUUGAGCAGCCAAAAGGAGGGAUUGCGAAGAGUGAGGAUGAUGCUCUUGCCAUUGCAACAGAUAUAGGUUACCCAGUUGUUGUCCGGCCCUCCUAUGUGUUGGGUGGCCGAGCGAUGGAGAUUGUAUAUAGUGAUGACAAGCUGGUGACUUAUCUAGAGAAUGCUGUUGAGGUGGACCCAGAACGGCCUGUACUGGUUGACAAGUAUUUAUCUGAUGCGAUCGAGAUUGAUGUAGAUGCACUUGCUGAUUCUCAUGGUAAUGUGGUGAUUGGAGGGAUAAUGGAGCACAUUGAGCAGGCUGGGGUCCAUUCUGGUGAUUCUGCCUGCUCAAUCCCCACACAAACUAUCCCAUCUUCUUGCUUGGAUACUAUAAGGUCAUGGACUACAAAAUUGGCUAUGAGGCUAAAUGUCUGCGGGCUUAUGAACUGUCAGUUUGCCAUCACAGCUUCUGCUGAUGUUUUCUUACUUGAGGCAAAUCCCCGUGCUUCUCGUACUGUACCAUUUGUUUCCAAGGCUAUUGGGCACCCACUGGCUAAAUAUGCUGCCCUUGUUAUGUCGGGGAAGUCACUUAAUGAUCUAGGUUUCACGAAAGAGGUGACACCACAACAUGUGUCAGUUAAGGAAGCUGUUCUUCCAUUUGAGAAGUUCCAAGGCUGUGAUGUGUUGUUAGGUCCUGAAAUGAAAAGCACCGGAGAGGUGAUGGGUAUUGAUUUUGAGUUUGCAAUAGCAUUUGCAAAAGCUCAGAUUGCUGCUGGGCAGAAGCUACCACUUUCUGGGACUGUUUUCCUGAGCUUAAAUGACUUCACAAAGCCCUAUCUUGAAAGAAUUGCAAAUGCUUUCUUGGGGCUGGGAUUCAAGAUUGUAUCAACUUCUGGGACAGCUCACUUUCUAGAACUAAAAGGUAUCCAUGUGGAACAAGUGUUGAAAAUGCACGAGGGGCGGCCACAUGCUGGUGAUAUGAUUGCGAAUGGUCAGAUCCAGUUGAUGGUUAUAACAAGCUCUGGCGAUGCACUUGAUCAGAUUGAUGGCCGGCAGUUGAGGAGAAUGGCUCUUGCUUACAAGAUUCCUAUAAUAACGACCGUUGAAGGAGCCUUGGCUACUGCAGAGGCAAUUAGGAGCUUGAAGUCAUGUACUAUUAACAUGAUUGCACUUCAGGACUUCUUUGAUGCUGAGGUAGAAGCAGGAAGGAGCGCAAUUUUGAUGUCCACCUCUUCCUCUCUAUAGAUUGAGUAAGCAUUUUAGGCAUGCACUCUAAUUUUUUUUCCCUUCAUAUGAUGUUCUUUUAAUUUGUUUUCAUUAGCCUUGCCAUUUUCUUUCCUUUAUUUGAUGUUCUUGUAAUAAGUUUUCAUUAGCCUUGCCUGGGACAGAAUUUCUUCUCAGUUGCUUUUUCUUCCCUGAUUUCUUGCUGUCUCGUCUCUUCUUCUGUCAUAUGGUUGAUGAUGACGAAUUUUGAAAACAAUGUAAGGUAGGGAAUAUUUAAGCACUGCAAAAUGUAUUAUAUUAUAAUAAUGUGAUGAUGCAAUUUUCUGGUACUUGUACCUAUGAACUAUCUUAUGCAACAGAGUUGUUGUUGGUCAAUAAUGUGAUGAUGCAAUUUUCUGGUGCUUGUACCUAUGAACUAUCU